CCCUGUCACUUGCUGACCUUCAGUCUCACCAACAAAGAGACCCAGUCAUCUUAAGAGCUACUUAUUAUGUUGACAGAAAACGCAGGCCCUCCAGACGCAAACGUUGUAAUGAAAAUCAGCUAACUCUGAGAGUCUUGAAACAGUGGGAUAGGCUGAUACUUCUGGAUGGUAUCCUCUAUAGGGUCACAAAGGACCCUUUGACCAAGAAGAAGAGGUACCAGUUUGUUGUGCCAGAGUCCUUGAAGGCAGACGCACUGUCUGGCAUUCAUGACCAAGCUGGUCAUCAAGGUCAGCCCCGCACUCUUGCUCUAGCUCGCCACCGCUUUUUCUGGUAUGACAUGGAGAAGGAUGUCCGCAGUUACGUGAAACAGUGCCGCAGGUGUGUCCUUAGCAAGACCCCCGAGCCUUCAGCAAGGGCCUCGCUACAAAGCAUCAAAACCUCUGCUCCCCUAGAGCUUGUGUGUGUUGACUUUUGGACAGCUGAAGACAGCCACAACAAAUCUGUGGAUGUUCUUGUAGUCACUGAUCACUUUACGAAAUUGGCACAUGCUUUUCCUUGUCAGGACCAGACUGCAAAGAGGGUUGCUAGGAAAUUAUGGGACAGCUUCUUCUGCAUUUACGGCUUCCCCCAGCGCCUUCAUUCAGACCAGGGUGCAAAUUUUGAAAGUGAACUGAUUGCUGAACUCUUGGUGUUGUCAGGAGUUGACAAGUCUCACACUUCCCCCUACCAUCCUAUGGGAAACGGUGGGACGGAGCGGUUUAACCGCACCUUGGGCAACAUGUUGAGAUCAUUGCCCCCUCGCUCCAAGCAGAAAUGGCCCCAAAUGAUCCAGACAAUGACUUUUGUGUAUAAUUGCACUGUGCAUGAGACGACUGGGUUUGCGCCUUUUUAUUUGAUGUUUGGGAGAACCCCGAGAUUGCCGGUAGAUCUCCUCUUUAAGAAUGUGUUUCGGGAUGAGACUGUGUGUGACUAUAACAUAUAUGUAAAGUCCCUUUUAAGGACCUGCAUUGUGCCAUGACGCUUGCCCAGAAGAACUGCUCUGCUGAGCAGAAGCAUCAGAGCGACCAGUACAACAGAAAGGUCAAAGGUCAGCCUCUUUCACUUGGCGAACAGGUGCUGUUGGCAAACAAAGGUGUCAAAGGGAAGCGUAAACUUUCUGACAAGUGGUUGCCUGUUAUACACACUGUGGUGGCCUCAAAACCCGACCUGCACAUCUACCGGAUCAAGGAUCCAGAGGGGAAUGAACGUGUUGUUCACCGUAACCUGUUGCUCCAGGUUAUCUUCCUGCCAUUAGAUGGAGCUUUGGAGGAUGAUGCUGGACCAGUGGUCAUGCCUGCCACAGCAGUAUUUGAUGGGUGUGAGUCAGAGGUGUCGGAUACGGCAGCUGCAACUGUUGGGACAUCCCAUGCUGGUUCCCUCUUGAGUGCUGAUGCUUGUGAUGAUGGCCGUACUGACUCAUGGGUUCAUGAGCAGUCUUCCUUUGAUGAGCCUCAGUGUUCAGAGUCCGCUAAAGUAGUCUCCCCUCCAGACAGUGGCCAUAUUGCUGCUCUGGAUCCCCCGAUAGCUCUCUCUGCUCCCUCACUGCAAUUAGUCCCAGUCAGUCCACCUCAAGCAUCUGGUGCUGAAAACCAAUUUGCCUCACGGUUUGGCAGAGUCAUUAAACCUGUUUACCGUUUCAUAGAGUCCAUGGUUCAACUUGAGUCCAUAUUAGGGGUCGAGCCAGGCUCCCAUACUGUUAUUAGUGUGUGAGAUAUGACCAGAAUGCUGUUUUGUGCUGCUCUUGGUGUGGACUCAAUGUUCUGAAAAACUAAUUUUUCCCUACUCACCCACAAUGUUUGGCCUGUGUAUGUGUGGUGUAUAAGGCACCUCACCUUGUCUAUAGAGUACUAUGAGUUCUUGCUGGGCGCCAAGCAAGUCUCUUGUUCUCUUAUCCUUUAAAUAGGAAGCGUAUAUUGCUGUUUAAUGCAAAUUUGUGAUUUUCAUGGCUAUUGUGUUUACACAUGUGUACUGUUCUUGCAAACCGGACUUUUGUGUAAUUCUUGGGGGGUGAGUGUAACAGGGUCCAUUAUGUCUUGUAAAUAAUGUAUUUUAUAAUGCUUUAUUAUUGUUAUAAUUACACAAAAUGUGUAAGUUACAUGUAAAUACCUGAAUAUUGUUGAUUACAUGUGUGACUGUGAUUGACAAUAUGUUUUGUCAAUGUGGAACCAUUGUCUCGUUGUCCCUCCUACUGCAAUAAUUACGGUGACACCUGUCUUUAUAUAUGCGUUGGACACGCCUUCCAACUUCCCUUUUGUCCACCAUAACGGGAGAGGUAGGCGUCCAUGCGACGACAGAUAAUGUCAUGUUAAGAACUUCUGUUCAUUUUCUUGUUCUGUAUUGUAUUUUGUGUAGGGACUCGACGACGUCAAAAACUUAUUGACAACAAUUGUGUUCUGUUUUAUCAGUAAAGUGCAGCUGAGCAAUCCAUGGUGUCGGUCGUUUUUCACAAAAGCCACACAACGCAGAGAGGAAAAGACCACCGGUUACACCAGUAUCAUUGACCUUGUAAUCAACCACGGUCUUUCACUAAGAGGGGCUGGUGAACAGGUGCAGACAAAUUUAAGGCGGUCAACGGUGGCCUCCAUUAUAUGCAUCUUUUUCGACAAACCAACA